CCAAAAGAUUCUUCUUUCACAGAUCUUCACGUGGUGUUUUCACAGUAAAAAAAAACCCCACCUCUUGGAAACUCUUUUUCGUUCCUUUCUUCUACUACAAAACCCCUAACUUCACCUAUUUCCCCUGUUUCAUUCCCUCCUCCAUGCCUACCACCUUUGCUUAAUAAUUCCCUCUCUUUCUUUCUUUCUUUCUUCUUCUUCUUCCUUUGCCACUCAUUCCUUAAUGGCAACGCAAAAACAAGAUUGUUGCUCACAUUAUACAAAGGAGAAAUGGAAGGGUAUUUCUCUUUUUACCCACAUUUUCUUUCUUGUUUGUUUCUUCAUUCAACCGGUCUCCAGUGAUAAGGGGGGUUGGGAUGGUGUUGUUGUCACGGCAGCGGAUUUCCAUGCACUUCAAGCGUUUAAGCAAGAGCUAAUUGAUCCCAAAGGGUUCUUGAAAAGCUGGAACGAUAGUGGCUAUGGUGCUUGUUCUGGUGGUUGGGCUGGUAUCAAGUGUGCUCGAGGUCAAGUCAUUGUUAUUCAACUUCCAUGGAAAGGAUUAGGUGGAAGAAUCACUGAGAAAAUUGGUCAGCUUCAAGCUCUUCGUAAGCUUAGCCUCCAUGAUAAUCUCAUUGAAGGCUCUAUCCCUCGUGCAUUAGGCAUUAUUCCUGAUCUUAGAGGUGUUCAACUUUUCAAUAAUAGGCUUUCAGGCUCGGUCCCUGCUACAUUAGGUUCAUGCCCUUUGCUUCAAACUCUUGACCUUAGUAAUAAUUCACUCACUGGGGUAAUCCCUGAGAGUCUUGUGAACUCUACUAAGCUUUAUAGACUCAACCUUAGCUUCAAUUCCUUUUCAGGAUCGAUCCCUGUUAGUUUCACUCGUUCUACUUCUCUUAUUUUUCUUGCCCUUCAACACAACAACCUUUCUGGUUCAAUCCCAGAUUCUUGGGGUUCAAAUGCAACCCAAAAGAAACGCUUUUGUCCACUUCGAUACUUAACCCUUGACCAUAACUUCCUCUCUGGAACCAUGCCUGCUUCUUUGGGAAUGUUGAGUGAGCUACAAGAAGUUUCUCUUAGCCACAAUCAGAUUACUGGACCCUUACCAAAUGACUUAGCAAGGCUUUCUAGGCUUAGAAAUCUAGACCUUUCUAACAAUGCAAUCAAUGGAAGUUUGCCAGUUAGUCUCUCAAAUCUUUCCUCUCUUGUUGUUUUAAAUCUGCAAGGCAAUGGUCUUGAAGACCAAAUCCCAGAAUCUAUUUCCGGUUUGCAUAACCUUUCUGUUCUUGUUUUGAAGAGAAACAAAUUGAGUGGUCCAAUUCCAGCAUCUGUUGGGAACAUUUCCAGUUUGACUCAACUUGAUUUGUCAGAGAACAAGCUCAGUGGACAAAUCCCAUUUUCUAUUGCAAAUCUUAAAGGUCUUAACACCUUAAAUGUUUCAUAUAACAACCUCUCUGGUCCUGUUCCAGCUCCACUUUCCCAAAAGUUCAACUCAAGCUCUUUUGUGGGGAAUCUUGAGUUAUGUGGAUAUAGCGGGUCAUCUCCAUGCCCUUCACCAGCACCUUCCCAAAACCUACCUUCAUCACCCUCUGAGGAACCAAGACAUAAACAUGGAAAACUGAGUACCAAAGAUAUAAUCCUAAUUGCUGCAGGAGCCCUUCUUAUAGUUCUCCUUGUUGUUUGCUUGAUUUUGCUUUGCUUCUUGAUCAGAAGAAGGGCUACAUCAAAAGCCAAAGAGGGUCAAACAACAACCAGAGCUGCUGCUGCUUCAGCAGCUGCAAGAGGUGAGAAGGGAAUUCCACCUUCAGCUGGUGAAGUUGAAGCAGGUGGAGAAGCUGGGGGGAAACUAGUUCAUUUUGAUGGGCCCAUGGUUUUCACUGCUGAUGAUCUUCUAUGUGCCACUGCUGAGAUUAUGGGGAAAAGCACCUAUGGGACUGUUUAUAAGGCCACAUUAGAGGAUGGGAACCAGGUAGCAGUGAAGAGAUUGAGAGAAAAGAUCACCAAAGGUCAAAAAGAAUUUGAAAGUGAGGUCAAUGUGCUAGGCAAAAUCCGGCACCCCAAUCUUCUGGCUUUGAGAGCUUAUUACUUAGGACCUAAAGGAGAGAAGCUUCUUGUUUUCGAUUACAUGCCUAAAGGGAGUCUUGCAACAUUCCUUCAUGCUCGAGGGCCUGAGACACCCAUUGAUUGGCCAACAAGGAUGAGAAUAGCAAAGGGUGUUACAAGAGGUCUGAUGUACCUUCACACUCAAGAAAACAUCAUCCAUGGGAACCUUACAUCAAGCAAUGUCUUACUUGAUGAGGACACGAGUGCUAAAAUAUCAGAUUUUGGCCUUUCUCGUCUAAUGACAGCUGCUGCAAAUGCAAAUGUAAUUGCGACCGCAGGAGCGUUAGGUUACCGAGCACCGGAGCUUUCGAAGCUCAAGAAAGCCAACACAAAAACUGAUGCCUAUAGCCUUGGUGUUAUCAUAUUAGAACUCCUAACAGGGAAGUCCCCCGGAGAGGCAAUGAAUGGAGUGGAUUUGCCACAAUGGGUUGCCUCAAUAGUUAAAGAAGAGUGGACAAAUGAAGUGUUUGAUCUCGAGUUAAUGAGGGAUGCAUCUUCCAUUGGUGAUGAGUUGCUCAACACUUUGAAACUGGGUUUACAUUGCGUGGACCCAUCGGCAUCGGCAAGACCCGAAGUUCAUCAGGUUCUCCAGCAGCUAGAAGAGAUUAGACCAGAGAGUGAGACACCUGCUAGCUCUGCACCUUCUGGUGAUGAUGGAGCUGGAGGAGUUCCUUCAACAAGCGAGUGAAAAAAGGGGGGUGUUCAUGUAUUAGGCAUAGGCACUAGAGAGCAUUGAUUCUUUUAUUCUUACAAGAGAUAUCCUUAGAUAUUAAUUUUGUGUGCUGUCUGUAAAUAUGUUUUUAAUAGUUCCAGGUUGUUUGCCCCUUUGAAUUGUUAUGAUGUAGUUCAGUUCCACUCCCUGGAAAGACUAGGCGAUUUUGAAGUUGUCUGCAUUUGAUUCAGUUGAGAAAUGAUUGUUUUUCAA